AUGUAAAUUUUGCAAUAAAUUUCAGCAAAAACUAUUUUUACUUAUUUAGAUACUUUGGAUUUGCAAAUAGUCGAUGCACCCUCUAGAAAGAACACAACAUCUCCAUUGAGAUCAUAAUCUAAAGAAUAAAAGGAAUUAAAGACUUUGCAUGAAUACGAUGGCACCAUAAUAUGUAAUUGCUACGAUUGCUUCUGCGAAGGGUGUCCUUGGGAAUAGAAAUGCAUAUGCAAAUGUUGUUUCUCUAUUGGGCAAUGCUGUACUAUGUUGCAGAACAAGUUUUUAGAAUCUCUCAAAUACAUAAUUUUCUUUUUAACUAAACCUUACUUCUAUAUCAUCUUUAAUUCGUAUUUCUCUUUGAUAGGUUUCAAAAAUGAUGACAAGCAGGAUGAGAAGGAUCAUGGUGGAAUUAUUUUAGGAUUUGGGAUUAUCUUCAAUGGAUUGUAAUUUUAUGUGUUGCUAUUUGCUUUCUCAUUUCUGUCCACCAAAAGAGAGAUGAUGAGAUUGGAUAAAAGUAAAGAAGAUGACAGAGGACUCUUACUGUAUUAUCACAUUAGAAAGGCCAUCAUCUUCACUAUCUUUUUGGUGCUUUUAUUCAUCUUCUUUGGCUUAGGUGUAUGCAGACUAAUAUAUAGGUUCUAAAUCAAAUCAGAAUGCCUCUUUAUACUAUACAACAUAAUAUUUUUGUUCAUUGGUAGCAUUGUGUCUGUGUUGUUGAUGAGUUACAAUAACUGUUUGAGCAAUGACUUGAUUCAAGACAAUGAUAAUAUCCUCAAGGCAUAAUAGAGACUAUAUAUAAUGCAGAAUAAUUUGAUCAAGUACUUCCCAAGCGAAUAAUAAUUCUAGAAGUAUGUGGAGGAAUGCAAUUUCGAUGAUCAAUAGAUAUCAAGAUUGAUUCAUGAAAAAUGUUCGGAAGCCAAAGGGAACUUACAAUUGUCUUUGGGAGCAAAUGACAAGCAACAGUUUAAGAAAAUUAAAAAGAAUUUAGGGCAAAGUAAAUUUCUGAUUGGAGGUAUUGUAAGUUACUUGUACCUAUCGACAUAUUUGACUUUGUUGGCAAGUUUUGGUUUCCUUUUGAUGGUGCUCAUCAAUGUAUACGAAAACAUUAAAAAUGGAGAUGAGGAAUGGAAAGAUUAACUAGAAAGUGUUAUCUAACCAAAAUAACCCGUAUUCUCAGUGAUCCUCCUUACUUUAUAGUUAAUAUAAGCACUUGUUUUGCCACAUUUGUUACCAUUUUUAUUUAUUAAAAAGAGACUUUUUGGAUAAGACUAUGGAGAAUGGGAAUGA